UUGACAAAAAUCGAGCGAGAAGUGAGUAAAGAAGGUAUGAAUCUCUACGGGCACGAUCUCUCUCUUCUCGAUUUUAACUACAACGUCUCCGGUCCCUUCGGCGAGUCGCUAUCUCACCGCUUCCUCUCGCCUGGCCCUUUCUUCCAAGGGGGCGAAGACGACGAUUAUCGCCGCUACGUAAGCUACAGCCGCGACGGAGCUAAUGGACGAGAACAUGAUACUGAUUCGAGGAUAUCUCCGCCGCAUCGUCAUGACGGGAGGUCUCCGUUACCUCUGGGGAUGGAUUGGAGUGCUCCUCCUCGUCAUUGGGAAGGACGGAACACUGUAUGGCCACAUGAUUCUCGAACUGGUUGGAGUUACUGUGUCACUGUCCCCUCUUGGGUUGACCUUCCCAAGUCAAGCGUUUCAGAUCCUGCCGUGUUUUUUAGAGUGCAAGUGGCGAUACAAUCUCCCGAGGGAAUCACCUCUGCUAGGCUGAUACUUAGAAGAUUCAAUGAUUUCUUGGAGUUAUAUUCUUCAAUUAGAAAGGAGUUUGUGAAGAAAAGCUUACCCCAGGCACCACCAAAGAAGAUUCUGAGGGUGAAAAACCAGACACUUUUGGAAGAGAGGAGGUGCUCUCUGGAAGAUUGGAUGAAUAGACUUUUGUCAGAUAUCGAAAUAUCCAGAAGCGCUCUGAUAGCAACAUUCCUUGAGCUAGAAGCUGCUGUCAGGUCUUAUUUUAAUGAUGAAUAUCAAGAAACUGAAGUUACCUCUGGGGACAUUCCGUCACUUCUACCUACCACCAGCUCUGAUGUUCCUGGUAGUUCAACAGUUAUCGUGGAUCAUGGCAAUGAUUCUGCUGAUGAGACAUCUGAUGCCUCAACAAUGAAGUAUGACAAAGCUAGUCUCCAGAAUCUUAUCUCAAGGAAUUCAACUUCUGAAAAUGAUGUCACUGAUUGGCAUGAAUUAAUCACAGAAUAUGGACUUUUAGAUAAAAGUUUGGUCCAUGAAAAAAGAAAAUUUCUUUCUAUUACUAAUGGAGCUGCAGAAACUGGUACUGUUACCGGAGGGGGAGUUUCUAGUGGAGUUGGAAUUCAGAGGUUGGAUGGAAGUGACAGAAAGUUUCAAGAAAAGAGUAUUGUAACUCCUGAGGAACCUGAUUUAGUUAAUCAAUGCUCUAUGGAUAUUCAUGAUGAAGUUCAUGGUAAAAUAUAUAGUGCCAUUAAUGAAAAUACUGAGACUCAGAACAGUCUGGCUAUUGUACUUCGAUCUGAGGAGAGACAGAAGUUAAAGAGGGUUAUUGAUAUGUUGAAGCAGAGACUUGAAACAGCAAAAGCUGACACGGAAGAUCUCAUCUCAAGGCUGAAUCAGGAGUUAGCUGUUCGACAAUUUCUAUCAACAAAGGUAAAAGAUUUAGAGGUUGAACUUGAAACAACUCGGGAGAGCUGCAAGCAAGGUAUGGAGAAAACAGUUCUGGAUGAAAAGGAAAGAUUUACUCAAAUUCAGUGGGAUAUGGAGGAACUCCGCAAGCAAUGCAUGGAUAUGGAAUCGUUUUUGAACUCUAUAAAGGACGAGAAAGCACAUAUUGAGACUGCAAAUCAGUCACUUGUUCAGGAAAAUCAGAUGUUGCUGCAGCAAAUCAAUGAUCUAAGCCUAAAAAUUGAGAAUUUUCAUAAAGACCAUGAAGAGCUGGAAGUGAAAUCAAAAGCAGAGCUGAAAGUACUCGUCAAAGAGGUCAAAUCUCUUCGAAUCACUCAAUUAGAAUUGAGACAAGAGCUUAGCCGCACAAUGAAAGAAAAACUAGAGAUGGAGAGAAUUGUUCAACGGGAGAAGGAUAAAGAAGAAACUGCAAACGCCGCAGACAAGAAGUUGCUUCAUGAGUAUGAUGUUCUACAAAAUCGGCUUCAAGAGUGCAGUGUCAAGUUCCACAUCGAGGAAGAAAGUAAGUUAAUAAUGGAUUCAUCAUCUCCAUCUGAAGCCAUCGAGCUACUAGCAACAUCUGAUAACCGAAUAGGUCUUCUAAUUGCUGAGACACAGCUUCUCUCAGAGGAAGUGGAAAAGCUGAAGCUAACAUCGGGAGGGCAUCGUGGAACAGAUGAUGUAGUAAGGAAGAUGCUGAUGGAGGUCCUGAUUGAUAAUGCCAGAUUAAGGAAGCAGGUUAACUCUGUUCUUCGUUGCUCUUUGUCUGGACGUGUAAUCUCACACAGAGAAGCCGGAACAGAAGAGGAAGUAGAAGAGCACGAAGGAAGUAGUGAAUUAGCAAGAACUGUUAUGAGCAAGAUCCUUGAGAUAUGAUUUUAUCAGGUUUUUCUAGAAACUAUGCGUUAGCGUCUGCGUUUAUAUUGGUUUACAAACAAAAAAUGUUGGCAUGGGUUGAAUCACAAAUCUUUGAAUUCUAGUAAGUGUAUAUAUCUAGAUAUAAAAUAAAGUGUAAAACUGACAUUGUGAUGAUGUUUAGUGCACCAGAGUUUUCUCCUCUUCGAAUA